UUUCGUGUUCUUCUCUGGAAACACGUACGGGAGAAGAACAAGAUGCAAAAGAGAACCACGUGAAACAAAGCAUUUGGAGAUUGGCGUAGAUAUCACGUUGCAUGUUGAAUCGUCCUUUAUUCUUUCUUGGGUUUUUAGAAAGGGCUAAUUGUUUCCUCUGAUGGGAAAUUUCUGUGCUCGCUGCAAGAAUGAUGGCAAUUUGAAUCCCCACACAUGUUCUGAAGUUCCCAGUAGAGGCACCCAGUUGUUCGUUCAUUCAAAUCCAAACGGGUAUGGACACGUUGAGGGAGGGAAACCUGAGAUUCUUCCUACUCCAAGAUCUGUAGGGGACAUACUUUCAUCCCCACAUUUAAAACCCUUCACAUUAUGUGAUCUUAAGAAGGCCACAAGAAAUUUUGAGCCUUAUAAUCUUAUUGGAGAAGGAGGAUUUGGAAAUGUUUACAAGGGGAGGAUUAAUGAAACUAAAUCCUUCGGGGGUACAAUUUCUGGAUCUGGAACAGAUGUAGCUGUUAAGAGGCUUAAGCCUGAUGGCUUUCAAGGGCACAAGGAGUGGCUGUCUGAAGUCAAUCAUCUUGGCCAACUUCACCACCAGAAUCUCGUCAAACUUAUUGGAUACUGCGUGGAAGGAGAGAACCGACUUCUAGUGUAUGAGUACAUGCCCAACGGAAGCUUGGAAGAUCAUAUAUUUCGCAAGGGCAGAAAACCACUUCCCUGGGCUACAAGAAUCAAGAUUGCUACGGGUGCUGCUCGAGGUCUUUCCUUCCUACAUGACUCUAAGCAACAAAUUAUCUACCGUGAUUUCAAGGCUUCUAACAUUUUGAUAGAUUCAGAAUUUAAUGCAAAACUGUCAGACUUUGGAUUGGCCAAAGCAGGGCCCACUGGUGAUCAUUCUUAUGUCUCCACUCAAGUUCUGGGCACUCACGGCUAUGCUGCUCCUGAAUACAUUGCUACAGGUCGGUUGACAUCAAGGUGUGAUGUGUAUAGCUUUGGGGUUGUGCUAUUGGAAAUAUUAUCAGGACGGCAUGCUAUUGAUAACACAAAAUCUGGAGUGGAGCGUAAUCUGGUAGAAUGGGCAAGACCCUAUUUGGGUGAUAGGAGGAAGUUGUUCCGGAUUAUGGAUACCAGAUUAGAAGGGCAAUACCCGCAGAAGGCAGCUUAUACAGUUGCAAUAAUUGCGUUACAGUGUAUUUCUGAUGCCAAGAGUAGGCCACAAAUGUCCGAGGUUUUGUCUGCUUUAGAACACCUUCCAUCCACUAGACGUUCAGCUAGCCCCACACAAACCCAUACAUAGUUCUCUUUCAGACACCAAAUAGAGAGUUUUCAAAUCCCAAAGAGAGAAAAUAAGUUGGUAUGUUAUCUCUUCCUCCCCUUUCAUGGGUACUGUUUGUUAAUUAGGUCCCGUGAGUGGGUUAGUGACGGAUAGCUACAUAACCCUUAUUCUCGAUCAGGGGAAUCACUUUGCUCUUUCCAUCAUAUAUGACACCAUUCUUCUUGCAACACAUGUAAAUGUUUUUUGGUUUAUUUUCUAAGAUAUUUCUCAUAUUUCAACAUAAAAUGACAUAGGAAAAAAUUCCGUAUCACAUUCCACCCUC